AUGAUGGGCAGUUGGAGUCAAGCGUUGACACUUUUCGCCCUGGUGGCAGGCGUAGCCUCAUCCCAUCGCCCCGAUGUCGCUGCCAGACGAGGCUUCACGCCGCAAGCCAUGGAGGAAAUGCGAGCACGAUCACUCUAUGGGCGAGAAGUCCAGGCACCGGAGAAGAGAUAUUACACCAAUGACACAAAAAAAUAUUUCGUGGAGUCGUUGCCAGAUAUUCCUCAAGGCUUCAUGACAGAGAUGUACAGCGGGGUGAUCAAUCUCAACAAGUCGGAUGACAGCAGAGGAUUGUUCUAUGUAUUCCAACCUCGAGUCGGAGCCCCAGUCGACGAGAUCACGAUCUGGUUCAAUGGUGGCCCUGGGUGUAGUUCUCUGGAAGGUUUCUUCCAGGAGAAUGGACUGAUUCAAUGGGCGUGGGGCCAGUACACGCCUCAAAUUAACCCGUACUCGUGGGUGAACCUCACCAAUAUGCUGUGGGUCGAGUAUCCUGUCGGAGUGGGAUUCUCUCCUGGUGAGCCGACGGCGACGAACGAGGAAGAUCCGGCAGAUGAGUUUAUUGAGUUCUUCAAGAAUUUCCAGGAAAUCUUUGGUAUCAGCGAUUAUCAAAUCUACGUCACGGGCGAGAGUUAUGCUGGAAGAUACGUACCGUACGUGGCGAAUGCAAUGCUGAAUCAGAACGACACCACACAUUUCAACCUAUCUGGGGCUCUCGUAUACGACCCGUGCAUCGGGUCUUUCGACUACACCAACGCGAUAUCAAUCUACCCAUUCAUUGAGCAAAACAACAACAUCAUCGGCUUCAACAAAACAUACGUUGCAGACCUCGCCGCGCGCGACAAGUCCUGCGGCUACGCUCAAUACCGCGAAGACUUCCUCCAGUUCCCGGCCAACGGGACGCAGCCCGCACUGUAUCUCAACGCCACAGCGGACCCUGACUGCGAUCUCUGGAACGAUGUGUACCUCAAUGCCUAUGGUGUGAACCCUUGUUUCAACGUCUACGAGCCGAACCUACAGUGUCCACUAUUGUCCGACCCCUUGGGAUUCCCCACCGAUCUGAUCUACUCUUACCCCGGACUACCGCCCUAUUUCAACCGGUCAGAUGUCAAGAAAGCAAUGCACGCGCCACAGGAUACAGACUGGGCCUUGUGCACCAGCUACCAUGUGUUCGUGGGUGAAGGUGGUCCUCAGGACCGCGGCGACCUGAGCGCCGACCCGCUGCAAGCCGUUCUUCCCCGUGUGAUCGAAGCUACCAAUCGUGUUUUAAUAUCAAACGGUGCAUUGGACAUGGACCUCCUGACGAACGGCACAAUGCUCGCAAUCCAGAACAUGACAUGGAACGGCGGAUUGGGAUUCGAGAAUGCGCCGAACAAGUCCAUCGUGAUCGGACUCGCCGACCUGCUGUACCAGGACGUCUUUGUCUCGAGCGGCUUUGAGGGCCUCAGCGAUUAUCAGGGCGUCAUGGGUGUGCAGCAUUUUGAACGUGGCCUCAUGUGGGCUGAGACUUAUCUCUCUGGCCACAUGCAGCCGCAGUUCCAGCCUAGGAGCACGUAUCGCCAUCUGCAGUGGUUGUUGGGCCGGAUCGAAACGCUCUGA